AUGUUAAAAUUCAUUCAAAACAAAGAGCCUGAUAGAGGUAUUAACUUUUCAAUUGAAUGUAUUAAAUGUAAUAGAAAACUCAACAACUUUUUCUGUAACAAUUGUAAAAUCUAUGCUGUUAAAUGCUCCAUUUGUAAUAUCUCUGUUAGAGGUCUUUCUAGUUUUUGUGUAUAUUGCGGCCAUGGUGGUCAUACAAAUCAUAUUAAAAGUUGGUUCGAACAACAAACUAAAUGCCCAACUGGUUGCGGUUGUGUUUGCUCAUUUAAUUUACCUUUUAUUCAAAAACAACAACAACAACAACAACAACAACAAAAACGCCAACAAAAUUCACAGCAACAGCCACAACAACCACAACCACAACCACAAUCACAACAGCAACAGCAACAACAACCACAACAACCACAACCACAACAAAUUCAAUCACCAAAAUCACAACAAAAACAAAUAAAAGAUUUAGUGGAUUUUUCAAAAUAUUAUAGGGAAAUAGAACGUAGUGAGUCUUCACCAACUCAAACUGUUCAAACUUUAAUUCAAAUCAUAAAUUCGAAUACUCCUGAUAAAAUAACAGAUUCUGAUCAUAAGAAUUCAGCCUUGUCAUUUGUUUCACAAUGGUUACCCAAAUAUAUUACUGGAAUUUUAUCAUUAAAAAGUUUAUCAAAUGAAAUUAAACCAGAGAUUAUUAUUUUCUUAAAAUCAUCACUCGAAAUUGCCAUAGGAUAUAUGAACUAUGAUUUCCCAGAACUUUGGAUUGCUUUUUAUAGAAUUUUUAAUCCAGCUCAUUCAUUUUAUUCAGGUGAUAAAUUUGGUUUCACUAAAGAGGAUAUCAACGAUAUUUAUAAUUAUAAAAUGAAACAAGAAAGCCAAACAUCAUAUUUUUAUUUGAAAAAUUUAAGUAUUUUAGUAGAAAAUAAUUUUUAUGAUAAACUCAUAAACUUAAUUACAUUAAAGCCUUCACUUGCAAGAUUAUCAUAUAUAAUUAAAGGAAUUUAUCUUUCAAGAGAGUUUUUAUCACUUCAAUUCUUAAAUAAUUAUUUAUUUAGAUUAAAAGAAGUUUUAUAUAAUUACUUUUUAGAUUUGUUUUACGAAGAUUUGCCAGUACAAGAAAGAGAGCUAUAUAGAGAAAUUUAUCAAAAUGUUCAACAUAUCUUUGCAAUCAUACUACCACAAUCAGAGAUUACGAAAAUGUCUCAAGAGUUCGAUUUAAAUAGAGCAUUAAGAUGUUUUCAAAGUGUAAAUUUAGAGAAAAAACUUAGAGGUUUAAGAUAUAUAAAAAAAGAAUCAACAAAAUGCUUAAGAAAAGAAACUGAUAAAUUAUCAAUUUUAAAUUUUUUAAGAAAGCAAAGACAACUAAAUAAUACAAAUAACAAUAAUAAUAAUAAUGGUAACAAAUCUAAACUAUCAGUCCAAGAUAAUAAUAGUAGUAAUGGAGGUAGUUCUCCAGGAUCAUAUUCGCCACAUUACCCAAGAUCAGAACCAAAUAACAGCAAUAGCUCAAAUAAUAAUGAACCUGUAAACAAUAAUUGUAAUUCUAGUGAAAAUAAUAACAACAACGAAAAUUUAAACAAUGAUAAAAAUGCGAAUAAUAGCAAUAACAACAAUAAUAACAAUAAUAACAAUAGUAACAAUAGUAACAAUAGUAACAAUAAUUCAAAUAAUAAUAAUUCGAAUAACAAUAAUAAUUAUAAUACAAACAAUCCAAAUCCACAAAUUUUAUAUGAUUGGAUAUUAAAAAAUGAAAUUAUAGAAAAUUGUUGUAAAAUUAGCGAACAACCAGAUAUUAUCAGACAUUGUAUUCAAGUAAUGAUAUUUCUUUGUCAAUAUGGAGUAUUUGAUAAUGAUCAUAUUGAAUUGUUAUGGAAUUCCUUAGUUGGUAAACAUGAAUCCAUCAAGAACAUUAUGUACUCUGCAAUCCUCAGUUUAAUCAACAAUUUAUUAUUUGACUCUGUAGAGUUUUUAUAUCAACAAAUCUAUAGAACAAUAGUUUCAAUGAAAUCAAGCGAGUUUGAUAAUGACCUUUUAUUAUUCUUAUAUAAUUUUACAGUUUUAUCAAUUCAACAUUUUGAUAAUCCAGCCAACAAUAAGAAGUUUUUUGGUGUCGAAAUUUUUUGGGCAUUAUGUACUCAAACUCAUAACAAUAAUAAUAACUCACCAACAAUUCAAAUCAACGAUAAUAGUAGUUUAAAUAGUGCAAAUUUAAAUACCAACAAUUCAAUUGAAUUAUCUCAAAACUUAUGUAUAAAAGCUAGAAUUCAUUUUAUUCAAAUUCUUAGAUUACAAGAGUGCUCUUCAUUACGUACCCAAUAUUUGGAAGUGGCCAUCGAAAAUUUAAAAAACAAUAUAUCCAUUGUAGAAUCCUUAGCUGUAAUUGUAAAUAUUAUUGACCCAAAGAAACAAAAAGCCUUCAUUGAAACAUUAGAACAAAAGUAUAAAAUUUUUGAUUUAUUUUUUAAAGAAAUUGCAAACUAUAAAAAGACUGCUCAAGAAAAACUUAAAGCAAUCCUCAGUAAUUUGCCUGUAACUGCAAAUAUAAAUAACUCAAGUACAUCUCAUCAAAUUAAUUUAAAUAAUGUAGUAUUUGUUGGCCAAUUUCCACAUUUAACUCAGGUUCAAGGAAGAUUAGAUUUUUUAGAAUUUAUUUUAUCACAAUCAAAUUUAAUGUUGAAUAUUCAACAGGUAGAUAUUCUCUGGGACUCAUUUAUUGCAAAUGCUUUAACACCUGAAGAAAGAGAGCUUUGCUUCCUUUGGUUAAAGAAUACAAAAAUCUCUGGAAGUGCCUAUCGUUCAACUAUACCAGAAAAUGUUAUUCGUCAUUUAUUCCUUAAUAAAAUGCCCAAUAUGGAUUGGAGCCAUUUGGGUCCAGCCUCCUAUAGUGUUUUUGAAAGAUUUUUCUUUUUUGUCAAUGAAAAAUCAGGUAAAAUUAAACGUUUCCAAUCUUCAAUUUUUGGUUCAACUGGUGAAAUUUUAGGGAAUCAAUUAACAAAAUCGAAAUCGAAUAAUGGCAACUCACCAUUAUUACAACCUGUAAAUAAUAAUAGUAGUCAACAACCCUCGCCACAGAUAUCACCACAACAAUCACAACAGCAACAACAAUCAUCUCAACAACAGCUUUCAAACUCACCAAUUCCUUCACCACACUCAUCACCAAUGUUAACAUCUUCUACUGUAGCUAAUCAAAUUCCAUCUGACUAUACCCCCUCAGACUAUUAUAUUGCAAGCACAGAUUUAAUAGGUAUCAGUUAUCUUUGGUCAAUUGCAUUAGACUGUGUUAAUCAAGAUCUUAGCAACUCAGCUAUAAACACUCUUAAUAAUCUAUAUCAAAAUGGUGAAAAUCAAAAAUCAAUGAAAUUCAAAGAAGAAUUUAUAAAGAUAUGUAUUGACAAUAUUGGUAGAAAUCUCUCACAAAUUAAAGUUCAAGCCAAAAGAGAAGAGUCUGUAAAUAGAAUUUGUAGAGCUUUGUCAAUGUUAAAAAUAUUUAAAGAUACUAAGAAUAAUGACUCUCCAAGUAAUGUCUCAGUGGAUAAAAUUAAAAACUCUUUAAAAAACUCAUUCUCUAAUGCCAGCUCUCCAUCACCAUUCUCUGAUAGACCUUUAUCCUUUCUUGUUAAAUUUGAUAGAGGUGACUCCUAUAUUAUAUCUGAUAUUUUCGUUACUGAUACUCUUAGAAUGUUCAAAAGAAAAGUUGCUGCAAUAUAUAAUGUUAUUCCAAAACCAACUGUAAAGUCAUUAAAGGUGUACAUCUCUGACAAAGAACUAAAGGAUGAUGAUAAAACAAUGGAAGAAUAUAAAAUUUUAGAUGCAAACGGCUCACAACUCUAUCCAUUAUUUGUAAAGCGUACUAUUACUCCCUCAUCAUUACAACAAUCACCCUCACCAACACCAUUUUCAUCACCAAUCUCAAACUCAUCACCAAAUCCACAAUCUCAACAGCAACAACAAAACUAUCAAUCAUCACUAUUACCAACUACAACCUUGGCUCAACAAGAAUCUUCUAAAAAAGAUAAAGAAAAAAAUAAAAAGAAAAAAGAUAAACUUGGUAGUAAUGAUGAUUUUGAAAACGAUAACGAUGAAGAUGUUGAUGUAUUAGAUGAUGCCCCAAUACCCUCAAUUAUUAUCGAAUCGCUUCAACAUCAAUUAGGUGGUUUUGGAUUAAUAGGUGAUUUACUUUUAAGAAAGGUUCAAGAUGUAAACCCAAAACUUAAAUUUGGAGGUGGUCUAAAAUCAAAGAAUGAAGAUUUAAUUAUUUCUAUUCUCUCAAAGUCAACAUAUUUUGAUCAAAUUUUCAACUUAUUAAAUCUUGAAGAACAAAUUAUUGCCGAAAAAGCUUGGGAUAUACUUUCAGAGCUUCCACUAAAUGAAAGACUAUAUAAAGAAAUCAAAAACUUGUCAUCUGAUCUAUCAAUUCUCUUCCCAACCCAAUCAAUUUUUAAAACCCAAUACUCUUUGAAAGUUUUUGAAUCAAUUUUAAAACCAGCCACAUCAGCAUCCUAUAAUUCAAUACCAACAAAUAGUAACAUCAAUAGCUCCGCAGCAAACAAUGAAAAGCCAAGUAACUUUUCACUAAGUGGUAGUAAUGAAUCUCUUCCAAUUAUUUCAAUUUCAUCACCAAGCAAUGUAGCCAUUAGCAACAAUAACAAUGGUAGUAACGGUGUUGUUAUGAAUGGUAAUAUCAACGGUACCCCACAAUUAAAUGGCUAUCAACCAACAUUAGAAGAUAUUAAGAAUAUGUUUAUAAAGAAAAAUGGUGUUGGCUAUUUGGUCAAAGUUUUCAUUCAAACUCCAAUUACAAAACAAAAAGGUACUAUUAAAAUGUUUGGUUCAAUUUUAAAAACCCUUUCUUCAAUUGCUUUACUUCAAUCAAAAGAUCAAUCAAAACCCUCAUACUCAAUGCAAAAGAAAGAGUUUAGAAAAGAAACAUCAUACUCAAUGGGACCAGAUUUUAUUACCAAACUAUUUGAUGUAAUAGCCUGCAUAUGUCCAAUGGAAACUCAAGGCAAUGUUAAAUUAACUGACGAUUUAAAUAUACUUUGCCACUAUGGUUUAGAAAUUUUUAUAACUUCAAUUUUAUCAACAAACAAUGCCAAUAAUCCAAAUGGUGGUAAUAAUAACAACAGCACUAGCAAUAAUAAUAGUAGUAAAAAUAAUAUUUUAGAUACAAUACAACAAUUCAACUGGGAUCAAUGGUUAAAAACCCUUUUAUUAGAAUGUUCUGAUCGUAUAAUUCAAAUUAAAGUUUCAAAUCUUAUUUUAAAUAUUACUACAAAUUUUAAAUCAUCAAAUGAACAUACCCACCAAACCAUAGAUGUAUCUUUAUUCUUUUUAAAUAUACUCUUAAACUUUUUACCACAAAUUAAUCAAUAUCAUUCCACUGCAGAACAAUUCUUUUGUUUAUUAUCAGAUUUAUUAUGCAUAGGCUAUCCACCAACCCCCACAUCAACACCAAAAUCGAUCAAUGGUAAACAUCAACAAUCAAAUAUACAAAAUAAUAACAAUAAUAAUAGCUCAUCAUCCCCAUUAUCAUUAUCAUCCACACCAAAAUCCACAAACUCGCUACCAAUUGCCAAAACUUCACCAAGAGACUAUGAAAGUGCCAAUCUUUAUGAUAGUCAUCAUCAAGAUAAGAAUGAGUCUGUUGAUUUUAUUAGAAAUCUUCUAUCCAACCUUAUUCACCAAUUAAAGACUAUUCAAACAAGAGAAAGAAAUAAUAGUGAUCAAAAAGAUCAUGUUUUAAUUGGUAUUUUAAAUGGUAUCCGUAAUUUAAUUCGUAGAAGAUCAUCGCUCAAACAACUAUGCAAAGAGAAACAAUUAACAGAAUUUCUUUUCCACAAUUGCUUAUUUAUGACACCAUCAGCAAAUGACCAUGGCUCAUUAGAUCAACCACCACUCUGUAAAAUGAAAUGUACCAGAACUGCAUGCUUCCGUUUAUUGAAGGAAUUGGCUAAAAAUGAUUCACAAUCAUUCAAUAAUGUUAUUGACCUAAUUAUAAAUGAAAUCGAUUCGAUUGAACCAGUUAAUGAUUGGAAUUAUUCACCAUUAGAAAAAGAGAAAUCUAUAUAUGGCUACGUUGGUCUCAAAAAUCAAGGUGCUACAUGUUAUAUGAAUUCAUUACUCCAACAGUUAUUUAGCUCACCACAUUUAAGAAAUGGUAUUUUAUCAAUGAAUCUAUCUAACUUAGUAAAUUCGGUUUUAGAAUUACAACAACAAUUACAACAACAACAACCAUCACCAUCACAACAGCCAAACCAACAACAGCAACCAACAAAUGGAUAUCAACCACCAUUACCACCACCAACCUUCCAAAAUAGCAAUAGUCAACAGUUACAUCAACAACAACAAAAUUUACUCUACCCAACAAACCCUGGUAGUGGUAUGAUUCAGAUCAAUAUUAAUAAUAAGGAAUUACAAAAGAAAGCUGAAGAUUAUAACCUUUUAAACCAACUACAGCUAUUAUUUGUGUAUCUUCAAGAAAGCUCAAAGAAAUACUAUGACCCAUAUAAUCUCUGUAGAACCAUUAGAAACUAUAAUGGUGAGAUCAUUAAUCCGGGUAUUCAAAUGGAUGCCUAUGAAUUCUUUUUAUUACUAUUAGAGAAGUUAGAAGAUUUAAUGAAAGAAAUGCCACAAAAGAACAUAUUAAAACAAAGCUACGGUGGUGUCCUAACUAAUCAAAUUAUAUCAAAAGAAUGUACUCAUAGAUCCCACAGAGAAGAACCAUUCCUUUCACUUUCAAUGGAUGUAAAAAACAAGAGAUCACUUGCAGAAUCAUUAGCCAGUUUCAUUGAUGAAGAAUUAUUGGUUGGUGAUAAUAAAUACAAAUGUGAAUCUUGUGAUGGUCGUGUUGAUGCAAUCAAAAGAACAUUAAUAGAUAGAUGUCCAAAUACAUUAAUUUUGCAAUUAAAAAGAUUCGAAUUUGAUCUCGAUAAUAUGAGAAAUAUCAAAUUAAAUGAUUUUUACGAAUUCCCAAUGUUAUUAGAUAUUGAACCAUUUACAGUAGAAUCAGUCGAAAGAAAAGAAAAGAGCAAUAUCCUAAUGAUGUCUUCAAUGGAUCCAAAUGAAUAUAAAUAUACCUUGUCAGGAAUUGUUUUACAUCAAGGUACUGCGGAUUCAGGUCAUUAUAUUUCAUUAAUUAAAGAUACAAAUGGUUCUUGGUUUGAAUUAAAUGACACCUUGGUCCUACCUUAUGAUCCAAAUAGAAUUCCAAUUGACUGCUUUGGUGGGUUUGAUGAAGUUAGAGAAAUGGACAAAGAUACUCAAAAACCUAUUAUGGUAAAGAGACCAAAAACCUGUAACGCCUACAUGCUAUUUUAUAAUAAAGUCAUUCCAAACUAUAAUGACGAAAAACAAGAAUCAAUCGAAAGAGUAGAUAAAGAGUCAACAGAACCAAUUGUUAGUAGUGAACAAAAUUUAGUUGAAGAUUCUAAUAGCAGCACUGGUAGUGUUUCAAUAGAUACAACUAGUUGUAGUAGUAGCAAUGCCCUCAUCAACAAUCAAAAUAAUCCUCUUCCAACCAUUGUUACUGCUCCACCAUCACCUUCACCAGCCAACAAGAAUAUCAACAGCGAUAGUGGUAGCUCAUCCUCUUUAUUAUUAAAGAAAUCAAAUUCAAACCAAAAAGUUUCAAUGGAAGCACUCGAGACUGUUUGGAAUGAAAAUAAGAUAUACCUAAAAGAAAAAUUCUUAUAUGAUCUUGACUUUGCUACAUUUGUUUGGGAUAUCGCCAAUCUUUAUCAUAAUCCAACAUUCGAUCCAAUUAGCCCUACACUAGUUAACAAUCUCAACACCUCUAAAGAGUAUCAAGAUUCAAUUUUAGCAAGCAUCAAAAUAUCAACCAAAUUCUUAAUCGAAAUUUACUCACAUUCUAAGGAGAAAAGAGUUAUUGAUGUUUGGGCCUAUCAUAUCAAGAGAUUAUUACGUGAAUCAAUUGGUGGCGCUGAAUGGCUAUUAAAUCUUUUGGUCGAGAAAAAGAACUUACUCAAGGGUGUUUUAAUCUCAUGUCCCUUUGAAAAGACCAAAGCAACCUUUGUAGAUAUCAUUUCAUUCACUGUAACUCUAUGUAAAAACAUUCAAUUACCAUCAAGUAGAAAUCAAAUUUCCCCAUCAAUUAUCUCUUUGUGCAACAUUUUAAUGGUUAUGGUAAAGAGCUAUAAAGAAUAUUCAAAGAAAGUUUUCUCACUCUUAUUAAAUAUCGUUCAAGAAUGUGAUAUUGAAAGAGAAUAUCUUUUACAAAAAGGUAUCAUUUCCAAACUCAUUGAUACUUUUAUUGGCUCGUAUACUAUCCUCGGCAACAAUAAUAGUGGUACAAAUCCAAACCAAACAUCCUCAUACACAAGCUAUAACUAUUCAGGUGGAUCUUCAAGCAGUGGUAGUCAUACUGGUAAUCAUCCAUUCAAUCAAAACAACCAAAACAAUCAAAACAGUCAACUAUCCGAACCAAAUAAACUUUUAGAUUUAGUAAGUUAUCUUAUUAGACAAUGCCAAUCAUACCAAGAUUCAACAAUCUCCACCUCUUCCCUCACAAACUACCCAACUGAAAAAGAUAGAACCAAACCACGUGUACAUAUUGUUUUAAGUAAUACUUUAAAAGCUUCACAAUCAAUAUACAAAUCCUAUUCAAAUGAUUCAAUUGAUCCAAUGCUAAAUAAUAAUAAAAUUAGCAACUCUAUUUCUAGCGAUCCAGAUAGAAAUGUAACAGUAACCAAUCAAUAUGUUAAUGGAAGAAGAAAUUAUCUUUAUGUUUACUCUGACACAACUUUUAUUUCAGUUUUAUCAAAAGCAUUUUUAAUUAAAGCAAUUAAAGAAAAUGGUUCAAGUGAUUCAGUUAAACUAAUGAUUAAACAUUUGGCCUGGGAUAAUAAAUUUGUUUCUAAUCAUCUCUUAAAUGUCAUCAAAGAAACUAUCCUUAAAUCACAUGUUCAACUUUAUUGGAACAUUUUAACCUCACUUACAUCUCUUUUAGAACUACAAGAUCCAAUUGCUCAAUGGAGAGUCGAAACCUCAAUGGCCUCAUUAUUACGUUUACCUGAAGGUAUGGUCUAUAACUCUGAAGGGCUCCCAGUUUUCUUAAAAUUCUUGGGUAAAAUUACCAAUUUCAACUCAUACUCAUCCUCAUCUUUUUCUGCAAUGACAAACUAUCUACCGAUCCAAACUGAUGAAUUUUUAAAUUGGAAAUUAAAAAACAAAGAUAUAAUAAUUAAAACAAUUAAAGAUAGAUAA